CAAGUGCUGCAUUUCAAUCCCUGGAACGCGCUAGGAGGGCUCCCUGAUCACACCAUGGAACCCGGUGCCCGGCUGUCCCCGGAGCCCCUCACUCACCUCGGCCGGCUGGAAGGCGCGGAGGGGCAGCUGCAGCGCGAAGCCGAAGGCGGGCAGGCGACUCCCCCGUGGUGCUGGUUCAGAUCCAAUCCAGAGCAAAUAGACCCUAUCCGAGAUGGAGUGCGAAGAUACCUUCAGCUCCCAUGUGACCGGACUGUGCUGAUACUCCAUGCAAAGGUUGCACAGAAAUCAUACGGCAAUGAAAAAAGGUUUUUCUGUCCACCACCUUGUGUUUAUCUCAUUGGGCCAGGCUGGAAACUAAAGCAGGAAGAAAUGAAAGCUAAAGAUCUGACAGCAUCCAAUUCCAAAGUAUGUGGGUACAUGGGACUGGACAGUGUGGGAAACAGCCAUAUGGAAACCCAGAAAUUAAACUUUGAGGAACAGACAGACUCCAAGGAAUUCAGCUGUGCGAAAGCUCUGUACAUUUCGGAUUCUGACAAGAGGAAACACUUCCGGCUGGUCCUGAAGUUGUUCUUUAGCAAUGGCCAGGAAAUUGGCACUUUCCACAGCAAGUUGAUCAAAGUGAUCUCUAAGCCCUCGCAGAAGAAGCAGUCCUUGAAAAACACAGAGUUGUGUAUUUCAUCUGGAUCCAAGGUCUCCCUCUUCAACCGCCUGCGCUCCCAAACAGUCAGCACCCGCUAUCUUUCCGUGGAGGGUGGUGCCUUCACUGCAAGUGCCAGGCAGUGGGCAGCAUUUACACUUCAUCUGGCAAAUGAAUGUUGUCCCCAGUCCCAGAGUGAAUUCCCCCUCCGAGAAGGCUACAUUCGCUAUGGAUCCGUAGUCCGUCUCAUUUGCACAGCCACCGGUAUUGCGCUGCCCCCUUUGAUCAUUCGCAAAGUUGCUAAGCAAUCUGUGAUGAUGGAUGUGGAUGAGCCAAUCUCCCAGCUGCACAAAUGUGCUUUCCAGCUCUAUGGCAGUGAUGGGAUGUACCUGUGCCUCUCCACAGAGAAAGUGAUCCAAUUCCAGGCAUCUCCAUGCCCCAGAGAACCAAACCGGGAGCUGCUGAAUGACAGCUCCUGCUGGACCAUCAUUGGAACAGAAACGGUGGAAUACACAUUCACUGAAGGCCUGAGCCGCAUUCAGGACCCCGUGAGCCCAGCCCCUCUCAUAACUGCCCUAGAGCUGACAGGUGGAGGGGACGUGGCAAUGCUGGAAGUGCAGGGUGAAUACUUCCAGGCAAACCUGAAGGUUUGGUUUGGAGAUGUGGAAGCUGAAACUAUGUACAGGAGUCCGAAGUCCCUUGUAUGUGUCGUGCCUGAUGUUUCUGCCUUUAGCUGUGACUGGAGGUGGUUGAGAUACCCUGUCACUGUGCCUCUCUUGCUGCUAAGGAACGACGGCCUGAUUUAUUCCAGUACUUUCAGCUUCACGUACACACCAGAGCAGAACUUCUUCACUGGGCAACCCAUCUUGCAGGAGAUUGCGCAGGAUUCUUCGGACACCUUACUCGACACCAUUCAUCAGGAGUUUACCAGGACCAACUUUCACCUCUUCAUGCAAAGUUAGAGACAGAACUGUGUGCCUGCCCCAUGAUUCUAUGAGAGCUCUAGGAAAGAUGCAGAAUGUGGUGGUGCGCACAGAAUUCAGCUUCCUGAGAAUUAUUUGUUUUUUCUCAACCUCAACGAUUUUUUGAAGAUUUGCUUAAACGAGUAUGGACAUGCUAGCUGAAAUCU